AAUCCCGAAGGGCCCAAGCUUCUGAUCUCCCAGGGGGUGACUGAAGUUUCACAAGGCCUAAUUCCAUCAUUAACAAUGUUGAAUGCACAGCAUUACAGUGAUUGCAGAUGAUCUCUGAUGUAGGUUAGUGCACUCAGGAAGCACUUUGAAAUAGGACAUCUAAAUGUCAGAAGGUGUUCUAGAACAGCAUUUGAUGCUUUGAGCUGGCAUUUUUAAAAAUGGCCAUGUAUCAAGUUGACUACCAGUGGGCUUAUACCAUAAUGGAUUCAUCUAGAAUAUCCACUUUCCUAAUAUCCAUUUUAUUGAUAGUCUAUGGCAGUUUCCGAUCUUUGAAUAUGGAACAGGAAGCUAGGGAAAGGGAAAAAGAAAAGGAGCGUAGUAAUUUAUUGACUGGAAUAUUAAGCAAUUGUAGCACAGCAAACACGGAUGGUGCUAAUGGAAGAGUUCAAACCUUAAACACAAUGCAUGCUCUUUGUCUACCUCUUGGUGCUUCCAUCUCCCUGCUCAUCAUGUUUUUCUUUUUUGAUAGCAUGCAGAUGCUUGUCGCAAUCUGUACAGCCAUUGUAGCUACAGUUGCAUUGGCAUUCCUUUUACUGCCCAUGUGUCAGUAUAUAAUUAGACCAUGCUCAGAUGGGAAUAAAAUAUCUUUUGGUGUUUGUGGAAGGUUUACAGGCGCAGAAUUACUUUCAUUUUCCCUAAGUGUGAGUAUAGUAUGCAUCUGGGUUCUGACUGGGCAUUGGCUACUCAUGGAUGCAAUGGGUAUGGGACUUUGUGUGGCAUUCAUUGCAUUCAUUCGAUUACCUAGUCUAAAGGUAUCCACCAUACUGCUGACUGGACUGUUGAUUUACGAUGUUUUCUGGGUUUUCUUUUCAUCUUACAUAUUCAGCACAAAUGUAAUGGUCAAGGUAGCAACUAGAUCGGCAGAUAACCCAGUGAAUCUUGUGGCUAGAAGGUUGCACUUAGGUGGUGUAGCAAGGGAAGCACCAAAGCUUCCUCUGCCGGGAAAGUUAGUUUUUCCGUCGAUGCAUCAGGCAGGACACUUUUCGAUGCUUGGUCUUGGCGAUGUUGUAAUGCCAGGUCUCUUGCUAUGUUUUGUCUUACGAUACGAUGCAUACAAGAAGACACAAUUAUUACCAGGUGGUUGUGAAACCGGAGUUCCACCCCCGCGUCACAUUAAUCGCAUUAGUUACUUUCAUUGUUCCCUGAUCGGUUACUUUCUGGGAUUACUUACUGCUACUGUAAGCUCUGAAGUGUUUAAAGCUGCGCAACCUGCCUUAUUGUACCUUGUGCCCUUCACCUUGUUGCCACUACUUACAAUGGCAUAUCUAAAGGGUGAUUUACGUCGAAUGUGGAGUGAACCAUUCAUAUCUCAACAACCUUCUAAACACAUGGAAGUUUGACAAGAGUGAUGGGUUUGUGUAUAUUACACAUUAU